AUGUCCAACAGCAAUGCAAAACAGGAGGAGCCUACGGUUUCCCUUCCGGCGAGUCCGGCGACGGACAGUGAAGUCGAUGUAGAAGAAGAUCUGUACGCCGGCAUGACCGACGAGGAAGCCUGGAGGAAGUAUCUUUCGACGAAAUACGAGCACAGCUCAAAAAAGCCCAUAAAAGAGCCUCUCACAGCACCUUGGGGUCUACCAAUCAGCGACGCAGACCUAGAAAAGCUGAAAUUCGGCGUCAAAUCUCGAAAUAUGGACGACAAAUGGGACGUACUAAAUGAGGAUCCGGACAAAGACAGUAAUAUAUCUAUCCAUAUUCUUCGAAGCUGGUCACAGGAGGACUGCUAUAUACUUCACAUUGUUCUAAAGCCGAAUAGUGACAAUAAUAGCGGAAGUGCGAAGAUUCAAAGCAUCACGUGGGAAGGAAACAAGGGAGGGUUACAAUGCGAUGCAGAGCAGGCCAAAAAGGAAGCUGUGGUUGUGUCUAGGAUGGUACUCAAGUGCGAGUUUGAGACGCUCCCGGACUAUCCAUCCUCGCCCCUCUAG